AUGGCAGAGGAUUCAUUAUUCCAUUCAUCAGAUCCCCGAUCCGAGUGUGAAGGUUCUACAACCCAAAACACUCAAAACAACGGUCAUUCAGAUAGGGAGAAUUUCUCAGAUCUAAUCAUGAAAAAAAUCCCAUCACAUUGGUUCAGCAGAUGUCAAGCUGCUUUAAACACAAUCGUUACACAAAUCGCCAGAUCUGAGGUCCCGAACAUCAGAUCUGGUGAAGAAAGCAACAUUACCGUAUUGGACCCACCAACACCCUGUCGGGGGGACAUCCAAUCUAGUAGUAACAUUGAAAUGCAAUUCAGAAAUAGCAGCCAUCAGAAAGUUAAACCAGAACAAAUAAACAUAAUUCAAGGAGGUCCAUCACGAAGGACAAACAAACGAAGUUAUGACCAACAUUGGAGGGAACAGCAAGUCAUAUUUCCCGUCGUCCCAGGAGGCCCUCAGGAAGAGCGACCAGUGAUUAUUACUGGCAUCUUCGGUCAUUACCGGACAGACUACAUGUUUAUAGAUCCGGGUAGCUCGAUGGACAUCAUAUACGAGCAGUGUUUUAAACAACUCGACACAGAUGAUAAAGCACGUCUAGAACCGGUCGAUUUUCCCCUUACCAGAUUCUGCAAUGAAGCUGUAUUCCCAUUAGGGCAAAUAACUUUCCCUAUGACUUUGUCGGAUGGCGAACAUUCACGAACAGUUACAGUCAAUUUCAUGGUCAUGCCGGCAACAUCACGUCAUGAUGUUCUGCUCGGAAGAAGAUCACAAAGAGAGUUCAGUAUGAUCACAUCUAUCCCACACGCGGCAUGUGGGUUCCCAACGGAAACCGGAGUUGCAAUUCUGUACUCAAGCAAAGAAGUCAUGUACGUGGACGACGAGCCACCAGCAAAGGUAGUCAAACCUUCAGCAUCAAACGAACCGGAGAAAUGGGUCCUGAACGAAGAAUACCCAGAGCAGACCAUCUCACUAGGACAUGCUAUUUCACCAGCAACACGAAUACAACUGAAAGCACUGUUGUCCAACAACAAAGAUAUAUUCGCUUGGUGCCCAGCAGACAUGACUGGGGUUCCACACGACAUAGCGCAACAUUGCCUGAAUAUUAAACCAUCAGCGGAACCUGUUGCCCAAGGGAGGCGCAGCUUUAGCGCAGAAAAAGCGAAAGCCAUGGACGAACAAGUGAUAGAGCUACUCAAUGCGGGAAUCUUGUGCGAAGUAAAAUACCAUACAUGGGUUGCCAAUCCAGUAAUGGUCCAGAUGAAGGAAGAAGACGAAGACAAAACUGAAUUUCGCACAGAUAAAGGCAUCUUCUGCUACACUAAAAUACCCUUUGGCCUGCGCAAUGCUGGCGCAACUUAUCAACGAUUAAUGGACACAGUUUUCAAAAGCGACAUCGGCAAGACAGUUGAAAUAUACAUGGAUGACCUCGUCAUCAUGAGCCAUGAGGAAGACUCAAUGCUCAACAAUAUUCAGCGUACAUUCGACUCUCUGCACAGCGUAAACUUAAAACUCAACCCAACUAAAUGCCCCUUCGGCAUGGAAGAAGGAAAAUUUCUGGGCUUCAUAGUCACAAGAGAGGGCUUCAAAGUAAACCCAGAAAAAGUACAGGCUAUCCAGCAAAUGCCCUCACCCGCAACAAUAAAAGAAAUGCAAAGACUCGCCGGACGCUUAGCAGCCUUGAACAGAUUCUUGGCUAAUCAUGCGGCUAAAUCUUAUCCAUUUAUCAGUACGCUGCGAAACUGCGGGAAGAAAACCCCCUUUCAAUGGACACAUGAAGCAGAAGCAGCAUUCAAACAAAUGAAAGAAUGUUUAAUUCAGCUACCAACGCUGACUGCGCCAAAAGAAAAAGAGCCACUAAUCUUAUACCUAUCAGCCGCGGAAGUAGCGGUAGGAGCAGUAUUAAUGGUGGAACGGGAAAACGUUCAGACUCCAAUUUACUAUAUCAGCAAAAUGCUCACCGGUCCAGAAACUCGCCAAAUCUUGUCAAAACCCGAUGUGGCGGGAAGAUUGGCUAAAUGGGCCAUAGAGCUGGGAGGAUACAAUAUCUUUUACAAGCCAAGACCAGCAAUCAAAGGGCAAGUUCUAGCAGACUUCGCUACUGAAGUGCCCAUCGAUAAAGUACAAGAAUGCGAGGCAAUCCAGAACCCUACACCUGUUUUCGAUGACAGAGUCUGGACCUUACACACAGAUGGCGCUUCCAAUGAUGACGAAGCAGGAGCAGGCCUCCGAUUGGUCAGUCCGGACAAUCACGAGCUCACAUAUGCCAUACGCUUAGACUUCCAAAGUACCAACAAUGAAGCAGAAUACGAAGCAUUUUUAGCAGGCCUUUGUCUAGCGCUCAAAAUGGGGGCAAGAAACCUUGAGGCCAACGUUGAUUCAAAACUAGUAGCCGAGCAAGUUAACGGUCAGUACGAUGCAAAAGGAGAAGCUAUGGCAUUAUACCUUGAACAAGCACGGAUGUUAAUCAGCCAAUUCCAGAGAUUCAGGGUUAACCAUAUAAACAGAAGCAAAAAUAAGCACGCAGACGCGCUUAGCAAAUUAGCCGCUACCAGCUUCAAUCACCUAGCAAAAGAAGUGCGCAUAGAGGUAUUGACUAAUCCAUCAAUCCAUCUCAAGAAAGUAAACGUUAUAGAGGUCGGUAAUCCAUCCUGGAUGUCUCCGAUCAUCUUAUACCUACAACACGGGAAACUCCCAGAAGGAAAAGCAGAAGCUCGAAAACUCCAACACAAAGCGAUAAAUUACGAAAUGGCAGAUGGCGUCCUUUACCGAAAGUCAUUCAUGGGACCAUUAUUAUGCUGUGUCGAUAAAACAGACGCUCAAUACCUGGUCAGAGAAAUCCAUGAAGGUUUAUGUGGAAUACACGCGGGACCGCGCAUGGUCGUGGCAAAAAUAAUGAACGCCGGAUACUACUGGCCAUGA